AUGCAAACAAGUGACAAUGCAGCCGGUAAUAGCAUACCGCCUGCACUGUCAAAUGUGAUUUCAAGCCAUCUUUAUCAGCGAGAUGGAGGGAUGAAAAAUAAGAUGGUUAUAUAUGGCCCUGCAGUUUCUUCAACUGGUAAAAUUGAAGAGGAACUGAAAAGUGCUGGUCGAAAGUACAAAGUUGGUAAAUGCCAAUUUGUUGCAAACGGCAGAGCAAAAAUCACUGAUGAUGCUGAAGGGUUCGUGUGA